AUGCUGCAGAGCAUGCUGAGUGCAGGCCUGGCUGGCUCAGCCAAUCACAGGUCUCCGCUGUAUUUUUGCUCCUGCCAAUCAUGGCACUCAGUCCCCGCCCCCUCCAUCUCCCGCAGCUCGUGUCUGGUUGUCCGCCAGAUCUCGGAGGCGGUGGCGCUAAUCUCCCUUCCUAUUGGUUGGCUGCAGUCCGGGGGCGUGCCCCGUCGGCCAGACCCACUCGCUGAUUGGCUGGCGCGGUGUUGCCGCUGUGGUUUUUCCCCUUGGCGCAGUGAGCGGCAGGAAACACAGAGCUCGGGGAUCGCUGGCCGCUCACAUCCAUAGCAGGUACGGUGUGCCGCGCGCUGUCCGCCUCCCUCCCCCUCCCCCUCCCCCCAUGCACGCCGUGUUACCGCAGUGCUGGGUUACCCGGGCCAUGGCUGGUGCCCGCACUGCGCUCCCCCAGGCCGGGUAGGUGCAUGCUGCGAGGCGGGGUGUCCGGCCUAGGCUGGGUGUAUAGUGCAGGCGGUUAUAGCGCUGUGUGGAUGGUGAGUGGCGGCCGGCGGGUGGUUCUGGUAGGUGGGUGUGUCAGAGGCUGGAGAUGGCUCAUUUAGGAGCAGGCAGGUCGCUGUGCAGAUAGAGCUGGCUGGCAUUCUGUCACCUGCUGUGGGCUGGGAUGAUCUUAGGUGAGCAGAGCAUCACGGUAGGUGUAGUCCUAGGCAGCUGGAGUGUCGCUGUGGGGAGAGUAGAGGUCGUUUUGGUUAUGACGUCAUAGAGCAGCAGCGUCUGAGCGGAUAGCGUCAUGUUCAAGAUUCUAGAACGUUCGCUUGCGGCUCACAUUACCUGCUCUGCCUUGGAUGCUGCGGCGUUACCAUAACGAUGAUGAAGGAAUAUAUAGCCAUCUAUAUGGGAGUCUGUAUUGCGUCACAAUAAAAGGAAGUGAAGGAAUGUCCAAACCGAGCUUCUGUUAAAUUAAUCCUUAACGGACACACUUUAUUUUCCCCUUAAAGGCUGGAAUUUUGGUUUGGUUGGCAUUUGAUUUAUACGUUUUAGGGAAAGCACUCUGCUCUCUUUCCAUUUUAACCUACACUGUUCAAUUCCUGCAGUUAAUAUUUAGUGAACUCUACACUAUAACUGAUAAGGGUAUUGCAAAAUGCAGAUGAAGUAGUUCACUUGGCCCUGUAGAUUACCUUUAUUUUCCACCUUUUGCUAUUUUGAAAUUCCCAAAUAAUUUAUUCCGUUGUCCAUUACUCACAUUUGAAUGCAGGUGAUCAGUGUUGAUGCUGCUUCAAAAUGCAGUUUAUGUAUUGACAUAUGUGCAUGUGCUUCUGUGUAAGUGCAGUCACGUGUACCUGUAUAAUAGUGAUGGGAAACACCACUGCUAAUGUUUGUAAAACAUAUUUCCCUUGAUACCAUGACAGCCUUCAGGCACAUUAUAUGCAUUUUUUCCAUGACAAGCUUUGCCAUUCCAUUCCUCAUUGUUGUCAGCCCUGCUGAGCCCUCUUCCUUGUAGCAAAAGUGUUUUCAGUAAACUCCGAUGCUAGUGCCUUUUAUUUCUAUUGACGGUGCCGCAAGUUCACAUCCAGACACCGUAUGUGUUGCCAAAUCAGAUUUGCAGAAACCUUUACAAGGGAAUCACAAAUGUGUGGUCAAGAUGAACAUACUCUCCAGCUUGGCCAUUUUUAUCUAAAAUUUGUGAAUGAUUUUGCAAUUCUCAGAUAAGUGAAAAAGACCCUUGACCUGUUUUGAAAGGUUGUUCUCGAAUUUUGCCAUCUGAAGUGUAGUUGGGCUAGGCUUGGUGCUUUUAUUUUCACAAAAUUUGAUUCAAACUUUAAGAUGCUAUUGUUGCUUGUACUGUAGUUAUUAUAAUGUAAAUUACUUUUGUGAGGUUUUGUUUAUACAUCUUAAUAGUCAGUGUCUGCAAAUUCAAUAAUUAUCUGAUAUUCAACUCAACAUUCUUUGUUCAGCUAUGUGCCACUUCAAGUAAUUUCUCAGGCAUCAGCCUGAUUCAAGUAGCUCUAUUCAAGAUAGAUAAAUGCACACAUUUAGGGUAACCAUGUUAAAUGGAUUUGCAUCAAAUGACAUUUCCUUUUAAACCAGCAAACAAAUAGUUUUUAACAAAUAUACAAACCAAAAUAAAGAGACUUUGUAUGUAAUAAACCUUUAAACACUUACAAUAAACUUGGUCAGAUUGCUUUGUUGGGCACGCCUCCCAGCAAGGGAAGUUUCUCGCACCUUGCCCAUCUGUUUCAGACCAGUUCACUUAUGACAAACAGAGCAUCAUUGUGCAACAGCAAUAGACAGCAGAGCCUGCUCUGUAUGAAACACACUGGUCAGACUCCCUCUCUUCCCAACCUGUAAGGAUGUUGCAAGGUGAAGAGAUAUUCUAACUGCACAUGUGUAAAUCUGUCAGACAUGCCUUUCCAACAUUCCCAGGGUCAGGUCCUUGAUCAGUGUCCCCUCUGGAGUGGAUGUGGUAAGAAAGAGGAAGUGGGUAAAUAUGGAUUUAAAAAAAAAAAAAGUUACAUUCAUAUAUAAUACUUUCUUUUUGUUUGUUUCUUGGGUAAUAAUCUAAACUAAAUUUGCUCUGGGAGCUUUUGCCUCUCUCCUUAGAGUAGUUUCUACCAUCUUUACUAUUUCUUCAUUUUCUAUUUAUGCAACCAGUACAUUAAAUUAAUAGAAAUCUUACAGAAUGUGCAUGACCAUUUUAGGUUAAUUCCCCCUCCCCCCCCCACAGACAUGCUGAAGAGGAUCCUCUUUAACCCCUUAAGGACCAAACUUCUGGAAUAAAAGGGAAUCAUGACAUGUCACACGUCAUGUGUCCUUAAGGGGUUAAAUAAUUUUCAGCAAGUGUGAAUCUUUAUUUUUAAAUAAAUGUAGUUGAACUGGAUGAAUCUUAAAUAGUUUGCACGCUAUCUGACCACACUUUAUUUUACCUUCUCCACAACCGUUCAACAGCUAUCCAUCUCUGAACUGA